UAUCAAUGGAUUCGGUAAAAAGGCGUUCGGUGCGUUUCUGGUCCGAGAGGAUUCUUGUUUCACUGCGAGGGGAGCACGGGCACCCAAUGCUGCCCUAUCCCCACAAAAAAGCUAGUGAUUGAGCAGCAAAGCAUGGAGCAGCAAGAUGUUUAAUGUGCACAUUAAAUGCGUUUGUUUCACAUUUUCGAUAAUAAACAUCAUAUAGCUAUGGACUGAAGUUCGACAAGGUGAUGGUCAGACCAACCACCUCCCAAGUUCAGUCGUGCAUUGCACCAUCACCAUUUCACAUGGUUUAGCAGUUAACACCGACGUGUUGCAGCGUCAUCAGUCCGUCUGCAACCGACGAAAUGCAGCUGUUACAUAACUGCGGUCUCUGAUGUAAUGCGACGACCGACCUCCACCCCCUCGCUGGCAGAAUUCAGGAAUAAGACAGAGUCCGUACUGCAUACUAUACUAUGUCGGGUCCAUAGCCGCUGCCCGCUAAGCUUUAGCCACCGUCCACCGCCGCCGCGCCGCCGCGCCGGCCGCCGGCCGUCGUCGAACCGGCGCAAUGCAAAGCGGAAACCGGAUGGGGAUGAAAACAACACAUCCCCAGUAGCCCCCAACACUCGGGACCGCUCCGGUAACCUAUCGGCAUUUCUAGUUGGAUCGAUGCAGUUUUAGCAUCUGACGUCACAUAACCGCCAAUCAGCGCCUCGCUCUUGAUGACGUCAUAGCCGCUCAGCCAAUGAGCAGCGCCGCGCCGCCCGGCAGAAACCGAGUCGGUUCGAGAAAAAGAUCAUUCCACACGGUACCAGAAGCCUCGUCCGGACGGGUUGAAAGUUUAUAUUUGAGAGCUCCGUGCGGUCGGACAUCAGUCGAAAAUCGGACAUCACGAGACGAUGGGACGCUCACGCUGUGCGCAACUGCCGACACGUGAAUUUUCGCCGUUCGUGAAGCACGCUAUGGCCGACAACAUGUCUUUCUGGCUGGGCCCGUGGAUGGGAUUCCCUCUUCUCGCCGAGCUGGCCGAGCCGCGCGCCGUCGAAAAGCCCGAGAAGCCCGACAAGUUCCAGGUCUCGAUGCACCUGGGUCACUACAAGCCGGACGAGGUGGUCGUCAAAGUCGCCGACGGAACCAUCACGGUACGAGCUGAGCACGAGGAGAAACACCCGGACGGCUACUCGUUCAGCCGGACAGUGCGACAGUUCACAGCGCCCGAGGACGCCUGCAUCGACAAGCUGACCUCCCAGCUGACCCCGUCGGGUCACCUGAAGCUGGAGGCGCCGCUGGCCCAGGAGCGCCGCAGCACUGCUAGGACGAUCCCGAUCGAGAUCGAAGGACCUCGGGAGGAGAAGAAGGACGGGCCGCCGCUGCGAAUCACCUACGACUCUGUCGGCAACGCUGCAAACGGAGACUGCAAGAAGUAGGUAGGGGUGGUCGCAGGACUGUCUCGCACCGACUGUGGGAACCAGAACAUUGCCUGGCGGCGACUGUGCUGUGUGAGGCGUUUAUCUAGCCCCGUGACGGGUCGGCCAGUGUCUGGAGGUCGGUGGAGCGUUUGGCGAAAGCCGUGAGUACUCGUGCUGUGAGCUGGGAAGUGUGGUUUGCCCGUCUAUGUAAUCUUGCCGGGACAUUUGUAGAUCAAGAUUGUUUCCCUACCAAUGCUCGAUCGAUGUCUGUAUUAGGGGAGUACACUUUGCCCGGCUAAAGGCUAGCCUUUUGCUGAUUUUUUCUCUGAUUGUGACUGCGGGCGGACGCCUUUCUAGUUUUGUUUUUGAGCCUUGCUUUGUGAUUGGUGUAAAUAAACGACCGAUGCUGAAAA